AUGGGUUCUAUCGAGCAAGAAACACCGCAAGUCAGUAUCCCCGUCGUCGACUUCUCCGCUUGGACUCCAGACGCAACACUAGAAGCUCGUCUUGCAGUUGCGAAGGAGCUCGCGGAUGCCUGUCACAACGUCGGUUUCGUAUCUAUCAUCAAUCAUGGUGUCCCACUGGAACUUCUCGAGGAGGCGUUUGCUUGGUCCAAGAAGUUAUUUGAUCUGAAGACGGAAGAGAAGAUGCUGGCUCCUCAUCCUGAUGGACCAACUGUACAUAGAGGAUACUCAUGGCCUGGCUUGGAGAAAGUUAGUCAAGUCAUUAGUUCCGAUGUCGAAGUUGGAGAGCAAUUGCGAGCCGUCACAGAUUGCAAGAUUGGCUCCGAAGACAACCCAGAACAACCCAACGUCUGGCUCCCACCCUCUACCCUUCCCGGCUUCCGCGAAUUCAUGACCCACUUCUACUGGACCUGCAAUACAGCUUCUCUCUCCAUCCUCGAGGCUCUCGGUCUCGGAAUGGGACUUUCCGACCCAUCGUUCUUGGUUAAGUUCCACUCGGGACAUAACAAUCAACUUCGUCUACUUCACUACCCUCCUAUCCCAGCAGCUAUGUUGGAAACCGAGCAAGCUGCCAGAAUGCCGGCGCAUAGUGAUUGGGGAUCUAUCACCAUGUUGUUCCAGGACGAUUGCGGAGGCUUGGAGGUCGAGAAUCAGAAGAAGGAGGGAGAGUUUAUGAAAGUUACUCCGAGGAGUGGAGCAUGUGUUAUGAAUGUGGGAGACCUGUUGAUGAGAUGGAGUAACGAAGACUAUCUCAAGUCAACACUUCACAGAGUUACACUUCCACCAGCCAGAGAUCGGUUCACGGGCGAGGAGCGAAUGACUCGAGCCCGUUAUUCGAUACCCUAUUUCGUGAGCCCAGAUAUCGAUGCCGUCAUCGAAUGCAUGAAGGAGUGUGCGGGACAGGGUAACCCUGUGAAAUAUGAAUCGGUUAUCCAGGGAGAGUACAGACUCAUGAGAGCCAAGCUGCAGUACAGAGAGACGGGACCGACAGCUGCUGCUGCUCCUGCCACUGGAUGA